AUUGUGGCUGGGUCUUCAUGAAGCGAGCGUGUAGAUCAGAUGAGUUCGGAUCGGGACGCGCUCAGGAUCGAGCGAAUGAUCUCGCGUGAUCGCAAUGCAUCGCUGCUGUAGCGGGUGCAUGCACAUCAAAGCCCUGGGUAUGACAGAGCUGAUGCGUGUAUGAGCCGAGCACAGGAUCGAUCGAUCGAUGAAGAUCUAAUCAUGUCAGGCGGACAGGACGAGAGCACAGUGCGCGUGGCGCUCAGGAUUCGUCCUCAGCUGGUGAAGGAAAAGAUUGAAGGAUGUCACAUCUGCACGUUUGUGACCCCUGGCGAACCCCAAGUGGUUCUGGGAAAGGACAAGGCCUUCACGUACGACUAUGUGUUUGACAUGGACUCGACGCAGGACACCAUCUAUGCCAACUGCACUGAGAGACUCAUCGAAGGAUGUUUUGAGGGUUAUAAUGCCACUAUCUUUGCCUACGGACAGACAGGGUCGGGGAAGACGUAUACGAUGGGCACGGGUUUUGACGUGGCCAUCCCAGACGAGGAGCUGGGCAUCAUCCCGCGGGCGGUCAAACACCUCUAUAAAGGGAUCGAGCAGAGACGGCAGGUGGCCGCAGAGCAGGGUCGACCCGUCCCAGAGUUCAAGAUCAGCGCACAGUUUCUGGAGCUGUAUAAUGAGGAGGUGUUGGAUCUGUUCGACACCACACGUGACAUUGAGAUGAGGAAGCAGAAAUCUCACAUUAAGAUCCACGAGGACGCCAGCGGCAGCAUCUACACUGUAGGUGUGACAACACGCACGGUCUCUUCAGAGGCGGAGAUGAUGCAGUGUCUGAAGCUGGGCGCUCUCUCCCGCACCACUGCUAGCACUCAGAUGAAUGUACAGAGCUCUCGAUCUCACGCCAUCUUCACCAUUCACAUCUGCCAAGUGCGUGUUUGUGCACCCACAGAAAAUCCCCCAGAGCAGGACAAUGAAACGGACAAUCGACUGGCCAACAACUCGUCUGAGGUGGAAGAGUUUGAAACCCUCACAGCCAAGUUUCACUUCGUGGAUCUGGCUGGAUCAGAGAGACUCAAGAGGACGGGGGCCACAGGGGACCGAGCCAAAGAGGGCAUCUCCAUUAACUGUGGAUUGCUGGCAUUAGGAAAUGUCAUCAGCGCUUUAGGAGACAGAAGCAAACGAUCAACGCAUGUGCCUUACCGAGACUCCAAACUCACUCGCCUUCUGCAGGAUUCACUGGGGGGAAACAGUCGAACAGUAAUGAUCGCCUGCACCAGCCCAUCAGAUCAGGACUUCAUGGAAACCCUGAACACACUGAAGUAUGCUAACAGAGCUCGCAACAUCAAGAACAGGGUGAUGGUGAACCAAGACAAAGCCAGCCAGCAGAUCAGUGCACUCAGGACAGAGAUCGCCCGACUACAGAUGGAGCUCAUGGAGUACAGAACGGGGAAGCGUAUGGUCGGAGAGGAUGGGCUGGAAAGCAUCAAUGACAUGUUCCAUGAGAACUCAAUGUUGCAGAUAGAGAACAAUAAUCUGCGUAUGCGCGUGAAGGCCAUGCAGGAAGCCAUCGACGCUCAGGGCGCUCGGCUCACGCAGCUGCUCAGUGAACAGGCCAAUCAGGUGCUCUCCAGAGCAGGUGAAGGCAGUGAUGAGAUUGGAAAUAUGAUUCAGAAUUACAUCAAAGAGAUUGAGGAUCUGAGAGCCAAACUUCUGGAGAGUGAAGCAGUGAAUGAAAACCUGAGGAGAAACCUCACGCGAGUGUCCAGUCGUCCUGCUUUUUACGGAUCGUCUGGAACAUUCUCUCCAGCCCUGCUGGGGCCGGACCCGAGCCAAGAGACCUCCGACAUCAUUGAGAUCGCCAAGAAAGAUCUGGAGAAACUGAAGAGGAAGGAGAAGAAGAAAAAGAAGAGACUCCAGCAGUUGCUGAGCGACAAGAGAGAGGAGGAUGGGGAUGAGGAGGUGGAGGAAGACAGUGCCAACAAAGAUGAAACUCAUGACGGCGAACAGAACAUCAGUGAGAGAGAGCGGUUAGAAUCCACCAAUCAAGAGCCAGAGUUGGAGGCCAGUGACCGUGAGGAGGGGGAUGGAGAGGAAGACGAGGAGGACUUGGAGGAAGAGGACAUGGAUGCAGAGGAGAGCUCAGAUGAGUCUGACUCUGACCUGGAUGAGAAGGAGGACUUCCAGGCAGAUCUGGCCAACAUCACGUGUGAGAUCGCCAUCAAGCAGAAGCUGAUCGAUGAGCUUGAGAACAGUCAGAGACGUCUGCACACGCUCAAGCAACAGUAUGAGCAGAAACUGAUGAUGCUGCAGAGCAAGAUCAGAGACACGCAGCUGGAGCGAGACCGUGUGCUGCACAACAUGGGCUCUGUGGAGUCAUGCUCUGAGGACAAGACCAAACGGAUAAAAGCAGAAUAUGAGAAGAAACUCGGUGUCAUGAACAAAGAGCUCCAGAAACUACAGGCGGCUCAGAAGGAGCACGCUCGCCUACUGAAGAACCAGUCACAGUACGAGAAGCAACUGAAGAAACUACAGCUGGAUCUGGCGGAAAUGAAGAAAACCAAAGUGCGUCUGAUGAAGCAGAUGAAGGAGCAGCAGGAGAAGAGCAGGAUGGCCGAAUCCCGCAGGAACCGAGAGAUCGCCACACUUAAGAAGGACCAGCGCAAACAAGAGCAUCAGCUAAAACUGCUUGAAGCUCAAAAGAGACAACAGGAACUAAUCCUGCGCAGGAAGACUGAGGAGGUGAGCGCUCUGAGGAGACAGGUGCGCCCCAUAUCAGGAAAGGUCACACGAAAGCUGAACCUGCUAGAGGCAAGCCAGGACCUCUCUCACAGAGCACCUGCAGGUCGCACAUACUCGACCUCCGGAGCUCCUAACGGAGCCAGAUUGUACCAUCGCAGGCCGGCUGGGGUGUACUCUACCCGAGUGGCUCGUGGGAAAUGGCAGAGUCUGGAACGCCGUAUCUCCGAUAUUAUCAUGCAACGCGUGACCAUUUCCAACAUGGAGACCGACAUGAAUCGUCUUCUAAAGCAACGUGAGGAGCUAACGCGCCGGCGGGAUAAGAUCAGCAGAAAGAGAGAGAGACUGCUAGCAGAAGAACCAGAGGUAGGAAAAGAUGUUCAGUCUCUGAACGAGGAGCUGGAGUCUCUGCUGGCCAACAUCGACUACAUCAACGACAGCAUCUCUGACUGCCAGGCCAACAUCAUGCAGAUGGAGGAAGCCAAGGAGGAGGGUGAUGCUGUUGACAUCUCGGCUGUGGUUGGUUCCUGCACUCUGACUGAAGCUCGAUUCCUACUGGAUCAUUUUAUGUCCAUGGCUAUCAACAAGGGUCUCCAGGCUGCUCAGAAGGAAUCACAGAUAAAGGUGUUGGAAGGGCGUCUCAAGCAAACUGAGAUCAACAGUGCCACCCAAAACCAACUACUCUUCCACAUGCUGAAAGAGAAGGCAGAGUUUAACCCAGAACUAGAUGCAUUGUUGGGGAACGCUCUGCAAGAAAAUGUUGAUGACAGUAGUAGUGACGAGUCGACCCCAAGUCCUGCUGUAGAAGGAAACACCCUUGCCUCAGACCUCAUGAAGUUAUGUGGCGAGACUAAAUCUAGGACUAAGGCCCGAAGAAGGACCACUACUCAGAUGGAGUUACUCUAUGUAAACAACUGUGACUCUGGCCCCGACACACCAACAAGAGACUUCUCCGUCCCUCUACACCCAAUGCAUGAGACAUCCGAGGGAGCUGGAGACCUGGAGUCACCUGGAAAUACAGUCAGAGAUCGGGACUACAUGCUCCCUACUCCUGGCUUGUCCUCUAGAAUGGGUAGUAUUAGCAGCUCUGGCAACAGACUUCCAGCAGGUGGGCAAAAGAGAGUACCAGAACCAUCCCCUCUGUCUCGCAGGAAGACUUAUGACAAGGGACAAGCCAUGGCUGACAAGGCCAAAGACAAAGAGAUCACACAAGGUGUCAUCAACCCUGUUCCUGUGUCGAAGAGCAGUCGUGGAGGUUCACUGCAGUGUAUUCAUAUAGCCGAGGGUCACAGUAAAGCUGUACUGUGUGUUGACUCCACAGAUGACCUCCUCUUCACCGGCUCAAAAGACCGAACUUGUAAGGUGUGGAACCUGGUCACGGGACAGGAGAUCAUGUCUCUAGGCGGCCACCCCAACAAUGUUGUAUCUGUGCGUUACAGCUCCAGCUUGGUGUUCACAGUGUCCACCUCCUACAUCAAAGUCUGGGACAUCCGUGACUCUGCAAAGUGCAUCCGGACACUCACAUCGUCGGGUCUGGUGAACACUGGUGACACAUGUGCAGCCAGUACGAACCGCACCGUGACCAUCCCGGCCGGCGAGAACCAGAUCAACCAGAUCUUUCUGAACCCAUCUGGAACGGUUCUCUAUGCUGCCGCAGGCAACUCUGUUCGUGUGUGGGACCUGAGACGAUUUGUGUGCACGGGGAAAUUGAUGGGUCAUCUGGGUCCGGUCAUGUGCUUGACUGUUGAUCAAACUGAAUAUGGACAGGAUCUAGUUAUCACAGGUUCCAAGGAUCACUACAUCAAGAUGUUUGAUGUGACAGAGGGUGCUGUGGGUAGUGUCAGCCCCACUCAUAACUUCGAGCCGCCCCACUACGAUGGCAUCGAGUCCCUGGUGGUUCAGGGAGAUUCUCUGUUUAGUGGCUCCAGAGACAACGGCAUUAAGAAAUGGGACAUGACCCGCAAGGACCUACAGCAGCAGGUACCCAACGCUCAUCGUGACUGGGUCUGUGCUCUGGGCGUCGUGCCGGUGUCUUCUAUGCUGCUGAGCGGCUGUAGAGGAGGAGUUCUCAAACUCUGGCACACGGACACCUUGAGUCUGUUGGGAGAACUCAGAGGCCAUGAGAGCCCCAUCAACAGCAUCUCUACCAACAGCAGUCAUCUGUUUACUGCAUCAGAUGACCGCACAGUGAAGAUCUGGCGUGCCAGAGGAAGUCUGGAUGGCGCUGCAGAUGUGGCCGACGCCAUCAACGAGGCCGUCAGUAACUGAAGACUCCUUCAAUGCCAACUCAACUGCAGUGUUACCACCGUAACGCAGCUGCCAAAGACAUUUGCACUUUGACCCCACUAAUAAAAGAUGGAUAUCCAGAUCCCACACAUCCCGACUAGAAUCUACUCAAAUCUGAAUCUUCUUACUAUGGUUCCUUUGGACGUUUCCCAGAGUUCAUUGCGUCUUUAGUGAUGCCCAACAAUUAGGCAACGUCAACGUCACACGCUAAAUAAAGCUCUUUGUCCUUACAAUAACCAUGUCAGCUGGGUUAAUUCUAGCAAUCAAGAAGAUGUCAUGUUGACGUAGAGUUCUGUAGGACGUUUAAGGAAGAGGAACCGGAUCUCCUGAGGCUACCUUCAGUUUUCUUGUUCAUGGAGCAUUAUGGAGCGCUAGAGAGUCUAAAAACUAACUGGGUGAAUCUCACUAUAACAUAUCCAGGUCAUAGUUCACCUCAAAACAUUACAGAAGUAAUUUAGCAUGAAGGCUAUUUAAA